AUGGCGUUUGAUGGUACUUGGAAGGUAGACCGGAGUGAGAACUAUGACAAGUUUAUGGAAAAAAUGGGUAUUAAUAUAAUGAAAAGGAGGCUUGCAGCUCGUGACAAUUUGGAGCUGACAAUUACACAAGAAGGAAAUAAAUUCACGGUCAAAGAAUCGAGCACUUUUCGAACCAUUGAAACUGUUUUUGAGCUUGGUGUCACUUUUAAUUACAGGCUAGCGGACGGAACUGAACUCAGCGGGUCUUGGAGCCCAAAAGGAAAUAAACUUGUUGGAAAAUUCAAACAGGUAGACAACGGAAACAAACUGACUGCUGUCCAAGAAAUUACAGAUGGUGAAAUGGUCCUGACUUACGCAUAUGAAGGAGUAGAAGCCAAGAGGAUCUUUAAAAAGGAGUGAGCACUGUUGUUGGAGCACAGCCCAGAACACAAAGCGAUGGAAAAUCUAUAUUGUACCAGAACUGUU